CAGGGCUAGCUAUUCAUAGGCUAAUCAGCACAUCCGAGCUCAACCCAGAGAGGGUCUUCAAGGAACCUGUAGCCAAAUGUUUUCCAAAAUUGCCAAGAUUAAGCUUGUGAGCUCACAUCCUGAAGUGUAUGAACCGUGCGAUGAUUCAUUUGCAUUAGUGGAUGCGCUACUGGCUGAUCAGGCUAACUUGUCAGAUCACCGGCCCACAUGUUGUAUGGAAGUUGGAUGCGGUAGUGGAUACGUUAUAACAUCUCUAGCACUCAUGCUACGAAAUGAAGUGCCUGAGCCCUUUUAUAUUGCAACUGACAUAAAUCCUCAUGCAGUGAGGGUGACUCGUGAGACAGCGGAUGCCCAUGGUGUUGAUGUUGACUUGGUAAAUACUGAUAUUGCCUUGGGAGUGGAGGCACGGUUGGCUGGGUUAGUGGAUGUUUUGGUUGUUAACCCUCCUUAUGUUCCUACUCCCGAAGAGGAAGUUGGUCGUGAAGGAAUAACCUCUGCUUGGGCUGGAGGGGAAAAUGGUCUGAGUGUGAUCAACAAGAUAUUGCCUGUUGCGGACAAACUUCUGUCUGAAAGAGGCUGGCUGUAUCUGCUCACACUCUCUGAUAAUAAUCCCUCUAAGAUAUGCCUUCAAAUGAGAAAGAAGGGUUAUGCAUCUAGAGUCAUUCUUCAGCGGUCCACUGAUGAGGAAAGCCUUCAUAUAAUCAAAUUUUGGCGUGAUGCCAACUGCCAGUUAGAAGCAAAAAAAUAUCAUAGUUUAAUGGUGAAAAAUGGUCAACAAAAUGUCAAUAAACCAGGGGAUUUUGAAUUUCCAGAAUUGUUAUCAGGGGGACGUCACAACUGCAAUGCACUCUAAGUACCAAUGCUUUCAAGGUACAUUAUUUAAUUAGAAUCUGCACAUAGCUGAUGAUGGUUUUCAUUUUGCAUUGCUCAUAGAUAUAUGGUGUGCAUAAGAAUGUUUUA